AUGCAGUCUUCACGUAGCCACAACAAUCUGGCUGACUUGCCCAGCGCGCUCGAGAACCUCAACCUUGAGUCACGAACCGCUGCCUCCACACCAGCACCUAGACACAAACUUGGUAACACAACCCUCCUGCUGGUAUUCUUUGAAAUCACUAACUCUUGCUCAGCAGGAUCAUCUCGAAGCUCGUUGCUGACGCCACCUGUGGACGCUAAUUCAGACUCCUUCCCCGAUAUCCAGCAUGCAAAGAACAAUGGCGGCAAAGAUCGAACUAUCUAUCUCGAGUCAAAGUCAGAUGACGAUGUCUUUGGAGGUGGUGCCAAGUUGCAGUCCGACACCAGCGAUCGAUCCACAGCAGCAGUACCUGAAGACACUAUUUCUCCUACCACGAAGAUCACCCCUCGAUCCGACCGCUUGACCGAACCUAUCACUCCUGAGAAUGCUCAAGGACUCCUUCCGCACGAGGCUUGUGUGUUUGUUGCAAAGUACGUAUGGCCAUAUGUGAAGGAGGACAAUAGCUUACCAAGACUAGUCUUUCUGUACACCGCACUGAUGCGCAGCUCGAAGAAUCAGUUCGCCAGCUUUUCGAAGAAUACGGCCCCUGCAUCAUCAAGAUUCGACGAGACAGACACAAGCAUCCCUUCGCGAUUGUGCAGUACUAUCAAGAACAUCGAGGAUGCCUCCCGAGCCAUCGAAGAGGGCCGUGACAUGAUCGUGGAUGAUCGGAAGGUUCGUACUGAGCGCUCGGCAGCCCGAUGUGAGUAUAUCCUCCGAACCGGUGACACCGGCUUAUCUUCUGGGUCAGGCACGGUCAUCCUCAGUCGAGUUGGUGGUGGUUCUGUUUCCAAGCAAGAAGCUCAAGAGGAGCUCGGUCCCUUCGGCGCCAUCUCAGAGACGAGUCCGACUACUCACUCAGAUGCCAUUCACCACGGAAUUCCUGAAGGCACAUACGUAAAAUUUGUGUAUUGGCAGGAUUUUGACGACUGUCUUAAGCAAUACAACAAUACGAGCACUGUCUUCCGAGUUGUUGAAGCUCCCAAGAUCGAGGCUCGGAUUCGACUCGGUCCUACUCCGGUCGGCUUUGUAACUCGACGUCCGCGAACACCUCCAUCAACAGGUCUAUCACCGACUGAUGAGAAGUCUAUCUACUGUGGUAAUCUACCCGAAGACAUUAGCGAAGCGGAGCUGCAAAAACUAUUCGAGAGCUAUGGACAGAUCCUAAGUUGCAACGUCAUCCGCAAGCCAAUUAUGGGUGGUCAAGGCUUCAACAUCUUCGGUUUCAUCGAGUUCUCCAGUAAAGCGGAAGCUAAAGCAGCUGCAUUGGUCGAAAUGGACAUCCGUGGAAAACGAAUUCGAGUGGAGCGAAAGGAGUACUCUGGCCGACGAUUAGCUCGACUCCAACCUGCUUUUCAGCCGGCUUUUGAAGAGCGACCACGAACACGUGCCUGGGGACGACCACCCAACGUCUACCAACCACCUGGUGCUCAUCUGCCUUAUGGUUUUCAGCCGUUCUACAUGCAACAGCCUCCGUCUGGCUAUUCUCCGUACCACCAGGGUUACGGUUGGCCUGUGAGUCCUCCCCACUCGGCCUUGCGCCGUCGUGGCAACACCUCUGGUAACUACCUUACUGGUGCCCCUCAGGUUGCUCAACCAUAUGCUCCUGCUAGCCAUUCUGUCUUCGGUGCUCUAGCUCAGCAGAUGCGAGAUAUUGAAGCUGAGAACAAUCAGUACUCUGCUCGACGCUAUCUGUAG